GGGAGGUGCCGGCGGCGGCCGCGGUGCCGGCGCUUGUCCACCUCGGGGUGAAUGACGCGCUGCCGGCGCGGCCCGGGGCGCUGCCGGCCCCAUCUUAUCUCUAUCGCCGCGCCCUGGGGGGGCUCAAGUGGUCGCGGUCGCCGAUUUCAAAAGGUACCCGUCGCACGGCGACGAGGUUCACUUCACCCGAGGUAGUCCUGGUGGUCUCACCCGAGACCCGGCACCUACACCCCGAAGCCACACCGACCAGCCUGCUCAGAAUGACGUCGACCCGGUGGGUGCUGGCCUGCGCCCUGCUGCUCAGCGCCGCCACGGGGCUGCAGCACCAGGCCCCCUUCAGCGACGGGCCCACCGCGCCGUCCAACAUCCUCAUGGUCACCAUGGGCGGCACCAGGAGCCACAAGGUGCCCUUCAUGGCGCUCGGCCACCCCAAGAUCGCCGCUUUCCUGACCCACGGCGGACUGCUGUCCAUGUUCGAGACCGUGUACCACGGCGUGCCCGUGGUGACACUGCCCGUGUUCUGCGACCACGACGCCAACUCGGCCAAGGCGCACGACGACGGCUACGCCAUCCGGCUCGAGCUGCAGCACCUGUCCGCCGACGAGCUGCACGCCGCGCUCCAGGCCGUCACCGAGGACCCCAAGUACCGGGCGGCGGCCAAGUACCGCCAGGCCAUCCUGCGGGACCAGAGCGUCGGGCCGCUGCGGACGGCCGUGUACUGGACCGAGUACGUGCUGCGGCACCGCGGCGCUGCGCACCUGCAGGCGCCCGUCAGAGAUAUGCCUCUCUACCAGUGGCUGCUGCUGGACGUCAUGGUCGUGUACGCGCUCAUCGCCUACGUCGCCUACAAGACCAUCGCCAGCAUGGCGCGAUUCGCCUACCGGAGUGUCGUGUCGGCGCCAGCCCCUAGAGCCAGCAGCAAGGCGAACGGGGUGCUCCCGAACGGGCUCGCCAACGACAUCGCCAACGGCGUGGCAAACGGCAUCGCCAACGGCGUCGCGCACAGUCUGUCCAGCGGGGUCACCAGCGGCAAGAAAACGAAUUAAACGCCCGUGCCUAACAUCGAUUUAGACGUACGGUAAAGAGCCAAAAAAAUGAGCCGUUAUGCUAACAAGUUUUAUUUGGAAGGCAACCGCAUUAAAUUCAUACCGGUGAACAAGCUUUUUCUUUUAAUCAAGCAGUAACUUAUGACUGCAUCGACUGUGAUUGCAUGAGUUGGAAGUCACUUCCAUUCAUGCCUAAAUGUAUAAUCUAAUGUGUAAAUAAGAGUUGUAUAUAUUAUGUUUUAAGAUGUUAAUGUGUUGUCCUAUAUAGAUUUAACGGCUAUCUGUUCCAGUGAUCUGUAUUGUCAGCAGUAUAGUACUGAAAACUCACGCCAGGAGUAGCAACCUUAAGCUCUUGAUUUCUUUAUAUGAGAGUAAGUCAAAGUAGGUCUCAUAAAGUGUUAAUGCUAAUGCUUCACUUCGAAGUAUGUGCUGAUUUUGUGUUUGAUAAAAAGGGAUAAGUAAAUCCAAUCCAGAUCUGUAAAGGUGCUAGAUUUAACUUGUUUUGAACUUUUUAAAUAUCUAGUUAAUCUAGUAUCAAAAGUAAACUUUAUAAUGAAACCAUAUGGAAGAAGCAAUUACACUCUUGUAAAAUCUCGUGAUUUCGAGGGUAUUUUUUAAAAACUAUGACAACUGACUACUACAAAUGUUAACUUAAAACAAAACGAAAAGGUGAUAGAGAACAAUUAAUUUGCAAAUAUUCGACCAACAUUUAAGACUUAAGCUAUGCAAGUCUAUAGCUACGAAAAAAUUACUAUUUUUGCAAAUCCGAAGUAUAUUUAUGUUACUAGUGUUGUUGCUAAAUAUGGUGUAUUCAAUGUCCCAUGGGACCAAAAUAAAGAGAAAGACUAAAUAA